AUGGAGAUGCUACACUGUCUGAAUAUUCCGGCGAACGUCAGCGGGAAUGGUGGUCCGGACAUGACUGUGCUCGAGAGGCAACGGGGUCGCAUGAAGUGGCAGCAAGAAGAACAACAUCAACAGGCUUUGCUACAGCAGCAACAACAGAGUUUGUUCGAUGGAAAUGAGGUUAAUCUGUUCUCUAUGCAAGCUCAAGCUCAACAAUUUCAGGAAAUGAUGAAUAACGAACCGAGUCUUGGUGAGUUGGUGACUCGGGCGAUGAAACCGGAUCCGGGUAUGGAAAAUGGGUGGCCAGAUUUUGGGACCAUUGGUGAGGCUACUGGGUUGGGUAUUGGGUCAUGUGGGUUUGAAACCGGGCUUGAUAUGAAUUAUGCUAUUUCAAGGACUACUAGCUGCCCACCGGCUGUGGCGGCGGACGUGGCGGUUGCCGAUGCUGAAGGGACAGAAUCUAUUUUGCCAGAGAAGCCAAGCUCUAUGGUGGGGAGAGAGAGCUUCAAGAAGAGGAAAGCUGAUAAGAAGACCCAUCAGUGUAGCGCGAUUUCAGAGGAUGAUAGCAAAGAAAAGAGGAUCAAGGGAUGCGCGGAAGAAGGUGAUUCCAAGAUCACAGAGCUAAAAAGCAACAGCUCCAAGAACACCACCAACAACAAUGGAGGAACUUCUGGUGACACUUCUAAGGAGAAUUCCAAGGUUUCCGAUGUUCAAAAACCCGACUACAUUCACGUCCGAGCACGUCGUGGCCAAGCUACUGACAGCCACAGCUUAGCAGAAAGAGUGAGGAGGGAAAAAAUCAGUGAGAGAAUGAAAUACCUGCAAAAUUUAGUACCAGGGUGCAAUAAGAUCACAGGAAAAGCCGGAAUGCUUGACGAAAUUAUCAACUAUGUCCAAUCCCUGCAACGACAAGUAGAGUUCUUAUCAAUGAAACUAGCUGCUGUUAAUCCGAGGCUUGAGUUCAACAUCAACAAUUUAUUCGCCAAAGAGAUGUUUCCAGCUUGCACAUCCAAUUUUCCGGCAAUUGGACUAUCAUCCGAAAUGGCUAAUCCUGCCUACCUUCAGUUCAAUCCAUUACAACAAGCAGUUUCAUCCGGGUUGGAAAUGGGGAUAAAUCCUUCUGAUGUGGCACUUCGAAGAACAAUCAGUGCUCCUCUAUCGAUCCCUGAAACAUUCAUCGACUCAUCCUGUUUCAAUCAAAUCCAGUCUUUUUCAACUUGGGAUGCCGAGUUACAGAACCUUUACGGCAUAGAGUUACAAGGAAGAUCAACUCCAUUUCCAUCUCAGCCAUUUACAGGUUCCAUUGAAGCAGGCAAUCCGAAAAUGGAGAUGUGA